GAACAGGGCGGCGGUACCAGGAGCGGCUGGGGGCUCAGCCGGGGCAGCGGCAUCAAACCGGCGGGGCGGGUGCCAGAGGCGCUUUGCCGUCGGCAGGGCCAUGGCCGCGCUCACCGCCACAUCCCCGCGAGCGCUCCCGGGCAGAGCUCCCGAGGGGACCGGGCCGAGCGCCCUCUCCUGCUGGGGGAGGAGGCGGCAGGCGGAGGCCAAGCCGGAGGCGCCACCUUCCCCUCCCACCCCUUAAGCCGGUCCCGCCGAGUGACGCCUCCGUGCAGUGCGCAGGCGCAGUGGCUCCCGGCGCCUGUUGUAUCCGGCCGGCGCCUUUUCUCCCCUCCCCCGGAGCCGCUGCCGCUGCCCUGUGCCCUCCCCGCCCCUUGCGCGUCCGCCCGGCAGCGCCUCGGACCCCGGCUGCCCCAUGAAGCGAUGGCAGCGGCCAACUUCGGCAAGAUCCAGAUCGGGAUCUAUGUGGAGAUCAAGCGCAGCGAUGGUCGAAUACAUCAAGCUAUGGUAACAUCUCUCAAUGAAGAUAAUGAAAGUGUUACUGUUGAAUGGAUUGAAAAUGGAGACACUAAAGGCAAAGAGAUUGACUUGGAGAGUAUAUUCUCACUUAACCCAGAUCUUGCACCUGAUGAAGAUAUUGAACCCAGCCCAGAGACUCCACCACCUCCCACUCCUUCAGCCAAAGUAAACAAAAUUGUGAAGAAUCGACGGACUGUGGCUCCUGUUAAGAAUGAAACUCCUGCCAGAGACAACAGAGCGGUUGGUUCUGCACGUGCACGACCUACUCAACUUCCUGAACAGUCUUCCUCUACACAACAGAAUGGUAGUGUUUCAGAUAUAUCUCCAGUUCAAGCUGCAAAAAAGGAAUUUGGACCCCCUUCACGUAGAAAAUCUAAUUGUGUGAAAGAGGUUGAAAAAUUGCAAGAGAAACGUGAGAAAAGAAGGCUACAGCAGCAGGAACUUAGAGAAAAAAGAGCUCAGGAUGUUGAUGCUACAAACCCAAAUUAUGAAAUUAUGUGUAUGAUAAGAGACUUCAGGGGAAGUUUGGAUUAUAGACCAUUGACAACAGCCGAUCCUAUUGAUGAGCACAGGAUAUGCGUUUGUGUAAGAAAACGGCCGCUCAAUAAAAAAGAAACUGUAAUGAAAGACCUUGAUGUAAUCACAAUUCCUAGUAAAGAUGUUGUGAUGGUACAUGAACCAAAACAAAAGGUGGAUUUAACAAGGUUCCUAGAAAACCAAACUUUUCGCUUUGACUAUGCCUUUGAUGACACUGCUCCUAAUGAAAUGGUUUACAGGUUUACAGCUCGACCAUUAGUGGAGACCAUAUUUGAAAGAGGAAUGGCCACAUGUUUUGCAUAUGGGCAAACAGGCAGUGGAAAAACCCAUACUAUGGGUGGUGACUUUUCAGGAAAGAACCAAGAUUGUUCUAAAGGAAUUUAUGCACUUGCAGCUCGAGAUGUCUUUUUAAUGCUAAAGAAGCCAAACUAUAAGAAGUUAGAACUUCAAGUAUAUGCAACAUUUUUUGAGAUUUACAGUGGGAAGGUUUUUGACUUGUUGAACAGGAAGACCAAAUUAAGGGUGCUGGAGGAUGGUAAACAGCAGGUCCAAGUGGUGGGAUUACAGGAACGGGAGGUUAAAUGUGUUGAAGAUGUACUCAAGCUUAUUGAAAUAGGCAACAGCUGCAGAACAUCUGGUCAGACAUCUGCAAAUGCACACUCAUCUCGGAGCCAUGCAGUAUUUCAGAUUAUUCUCAGAAGAAAAGGGAAACUGCAUGGUAAAUUUUCUCUGAUUGAUUUGGCUGGAAAUGAAAGAGGAGCAGAUACUUCCAGUGCAGAUAGGCAAACACGAUUGGAAGGUGCUGAAAUUAACAAGAGCCUUUUAGCACUCAAGGAGUGCAUUAGAGCCUUAGGCCGAAAUAAACCUCAUACUCCAUUCAGAGCAAGCAAACUUACUCAGGUGCUAAGAGAUUCAUUCAUAGGAGAAAACUCCCGUACCUGUAUGAUUGCUACUAUCUCUCCAGGGAUGGCAUCCUGUGAAAACACUCUAAAUACACUGAGAUAUGCAAAUAGAGUAAAGGAAUUUGGAAUUAGUCCUUCGGACAUUCCCUUCUCACAGAGUAGUGGCAGUCGCUCUGAUCUCUCUCCUUCCUAUGAGUAUGACGACUUUUCUCCUUCGAUCACCAGGGUGAAGGAACUGACAGUUGAUCCUAGUGCGGCAGGAGAUAUCCGUCCAAUUAUACACCAUGCUCCAAAUCAAAUUGAUGAUUUAGAGACACAGUGGGGUGUAGGGAGUUCACCUCAGAGAGAUGAUCUGAAACUUCUUUGUGAACAAAAUGAGGAAGAAGUUUCUCCACAGUUGUUUACUUUCCAUGAAGCUGUGUCACAAAUGGUAGAAAUGGAAGAGCAAGUAGUAGAAGACCACAGGGCUGUCUUCCAGGAAUCUAUUCGAUGGUUGGAAGAUGAAAAAGCUCUUCUAGAGAUGACUGAAGAAGUAGAUUAUGAUGUGGAUUCUUAUGCUACACAACUUGAAGCAAUCCUAGAACAAAAAAUUGACAUUCUGACUGAACUCCGAGAUAAAGUGAAAUCUUUCCGGGCAGCUCUACAAGAGGAGGAACAGGCCAGUAAACAGAUCAAUCCGAAGAGACCACGUGCCCUUUGAAAUGGGCCUCUGCUGCUAAUGGAUCCCCCGAACCCUUACUGCUGUAACGUACAGUUGUUAUGAGACGGUGGCUGUAAGAACUCAACUACUUGAAAGCGUAAAAACUUUUGAAGUGUCUGUGGAAAUGUCCAGUUUCUCCUUCACCUGAAUGACGUUUUCAGUUUUUUGUGUGAAACACUUCAAUGAUGUCUUCAGAAUGCUUCUAGACCAGACAGCACAGCACAACCAUGCAGGAUUCAGAGCUGUGAAGCACUUUGUUUAAAAUGUUUCAUUUAUUCAAAUUGUGAAUUUUAUGUUUUGGAAAUUUUGCCAUUUUUUUUAAUAAUGAAGUAAAACUGUGGACUUUAAAAACUUCACUAUUUCCUUUUAACUAUGUUCAAUUUUGUUUCAAAGACCAGCUGUGCAGUUUUAAAUUGUGUUUGCGUGCAUGCACACCUCAUCAGUGAUUGUAUAUAACUUCUCUUCUAGAGACAGCUGUGCUAACCUCUUCCCAUUCUGUGCCUUGAUGAAGGCGACUUGACCCUAAAUGUCCUUUCUGAAGCACAGCCUUAAUAAAUGACAUUCCUUAUUUGUCAAUGUAAGUUACUUUUAUUGUGUGUACAUCUUUAAAGUGUGUGAGGGUUUUUUUUUUUUUUUUGGUGACUUGUUCAUUUCACAGGAUGUACCAUAUCAUUGAACAGGAACUAAAAGAGCUGUUAGAGUGGCCAAACAGCUGGACAUUCCAUCCUUGUAGAAAUCUGGGAAUCAUGAUUUAUUUGACUACCAUAAAAAAUGGUUAUAUAAUGCUAACAUUUUCUUUGUAAAGAACAAUAUAAAUUAGUUGAUGUAUAAUAAAAGGUUAACAUGGAGGAGAGCUGUAUGUUAGAAUAAUACAGAGAUACAGUAUGUGUAUAAGUGUGAUAAAUGCUGUCUAGAAUAAAGGUGCAAUCUGAUCUCUAUGUAUGGGUAGGAGGACUAUAAAAGUUCAGGGAUCCAGUGAAUAGCAUAAACAAAACACCUUUUCACAUACUAUUAAAAAUUUGGCUUCUGAUGCAUGAGAACUUACAUGUGCAUUAACCGUAGUUUGCAGAUAGUUUGUAUGGAGUAGUACUGUUGCUUUAAAGAAAGUAGCUAAUGCAUAUUUUUCCCUUUGUACAGUGCCAGCAGCUGAAAAGUGGGGUGAAGCUUUAUCAUUUGGGAUUUGCAUAAUAGGCUGCACAAACUCUACAUAAUGCUAUACAAAUCCCACAGGUACCUGAAGUCUCACAAAUAGCACCAUACACGUCCAGCACUUUUUAGGUGGUGGCACUUGAGUUAUUUUUGCAAGUCAGUGUCGAAAAGAAAAAAAAACAAAACCUUUUAUGUAAGAACUUUUUGUCAAACAACCGUAGCCCUCUCAGAGUUCUCCCUGUUUCCAGGACAGAUUCCAGGAGUUAAUAUCAUCAGACCCUAGGAAUGGUUUUAAACUUGGUUUUUGGAACACAAUCCCAUUUAUGCUGGGACUGAAAGGAAAUAAAGGGAAGGCAAUGAAAAGAGAGCUAAAUGAGCCAGAGAUUCUCAGUAUUUAAUGUUUGUAACUCCCAUAGGAAGGUAGGCUACGGGAGACCCUUGUUGCAUCAUGGUAAAAAGCUCCUAUCUGUAAACAUGAAAGCUGAAAAAGCAAUGUAGAUUUUACACAAUGUGUUUAAUAAAUUAAACAAUGAAACAUCAA